CGCCCGCCGAACCCAGCCGAGCCCGGCCGAGCCCAGCCGAGCCCAGCCGAAGCGAGCAUCUCCCGCUGCCGCCGCCGCCGCCGCCCCGCGCCCUGGGCGCCCGCCCCCCUCCGGCUCCAUCGCCUUGCUGCCAGGCAAACCUCCCGACCAUGCCCGGCGCCCCACCCGCUCCUGCGACCCCCCAGCCCCGCGCAGCUCCGAGCGCCUGCAGUCGUCGCGCCGCUACGCCAGGCAUGCAGUAAAGGCUGAAAAUCUGGGUCACAGCUGAGGAAGACCUCAGACACGGAGUGCAGGAUGUGGCCUGUUCUACUGCUGUCCCAACUCCUCCCUCUCUGGCCACUGCUAUUGCUACCCCUCCCACUGCCUGUUCAGGGCUCCUCCCCUCGAUCCCCACCAGCCCCAGCCCGUCCCCCCUGCGUCCGGGGUGGCCCCUCAGCCCCUCGCCAUGUGUGUGUUUGGGAGCGGGCUCCUCCACCAAGCCGAUCCCCACGGGUCCCAAGAUCACGUCGGCAAGUUCUGCCGGGCACUGCACCUCCUGCCACCCCAUCGGGCUUUGAGGAAGGGCCUCCCUCAUCUCAAUACCCCUGGGCUAUUGUGUGGGGUCCCACAGUAUCUCGAGAGGAUGGAGGGGACCCCAACUCUGUCAAUCCUGGAUUUCUGCCCCUGGACUAUGGCUUUGCAGCCCCACAUGGGCUGGCUACCCCGCACCCCAACUCAGACUCCAUGCGGGAUGAUGGAGAUGGACUCAUCCUUGGGGAAACACCUGCUACCUUGAGGCCCUUCCUCUUUGGAGGGCGUGGAGAAGGUGUGGACCCUCAGCUUUAUGUUACCAUCACCAUAUCCAUCAUCAUUGUUCUUGUGGCUACUGGCAUCAUCUUCAAGUUCUGCUGGGACCGCAGCCAGAAACGGCGCAGGCCCUCAGGGCAGCAAGGUGCCCUGAGGCAGGAGGAGAGCCAGCAACCACUGACAGACCUGUCCCCCGCUGGAGUCACUGUGCUGGGGGCCUUCGGGGACUCACCUACCCCCACCCCUGACCAUGAGGAGCCCCGAGGGGGACCCCGGCCUGGGAUGCCCCAGUCCAAGGGGGCUCCAGCCUUCCAGUUGAACCGGAUUCCCCUGGUGAACCUGUGAUGCUCCCCAUGUUGGGGUGCUGCCAAGCAGGAGGCCAC